CUAGACCUCUUAAGAUUUCAACAAUAACUCCCUCUUAAAUAGCGUCCCUCUCCUCCAAUCCUAGCAGGUCACUCCUCGUUCUCCUCUUCCUUGCUUUCUGGCCAAAACCAUCAACAACAAGACCACUUUUUUUUAUAUUUCUUUUCCCUCAGGACGAAACAUACCUCGAAGGAAAGAAUUGUGCUCGUGUCAAUGGGUACUUUAGUGGGUCAUGUGGCUCCGGGCUUUGCCUUCCUUGCUCUUGGUUUAUGGCACCUCUUUAGCCAUAUCAAACUCCAUGCUCAACAACCAAACUCCUACACAUCCUCUCCAUGGUUCCCUACUUCAAGAUUAAGGUACUUGGAGCUCUUUCUCAUCAUGUUAGGCAGCUCUAUUUCUGUAUCCAUGGAGCUCUUUAUUGGUCCUAGAAAUCACCAACCAUUUGAUACUGAUGGAACCAUACCAUCAAACCACCUUCACAACUUUGAGCACUCCUCGAUAUCAGUUACUUUCUUUGUUUAUGCGGCCUUUGCUAUUCUUCUUGAUAGAAUUGGGCCUAAAGCACAGUAUGGUCUAACACAAUUUCUUGGCGCAUUAGCCUUUGGUCAACAACUUUUCCUCUUCCACCUUCACUCAGCAGAUCACAUGGGAGUUGAAGGCCAGUACCACUUGCUUCUACAAAUUGUCAUAGUUGUUUCUCUAGCCACCGCUCUCAUGGGGAUCGGUCUCCGGAAAAGUUUCAUGGUUAGCUUUGUUAGGUCAGCUAGUAUUACGUUCCAAGGAGUUUGGUUCAUGGUCAUGGGCUAUGCAUUAUGGACCCCUUCAUUGAUUCCUAAAGGUUGCUUCCUUAACUUAGAAGAAGGACAUCAAGUGGUUAGAUGCCAUGGUGAAGAGGCUUUGCAUCGUGCUAAAUCACUCGUUAAUAUUCAAUUUAGCUGGUUGCUGAUUGCGAUCAUUAUUUUUGUGAUGUCCUUUUAUUUGUUCUUGGUCAAGUUAUAUGGUGACGAGGCUGAGUACUCAACAUUGACAAAGGAAAACUUGCUGUAUGAAGAAGACUCGGAUGAUGUUGAAUCACAAAAGGGUAGCAAAGUUGGUGAAAAGAAGAGCUUUAUGGAAAUUGGAAGAGGCUUUGUACCAAUAGACAUGGAAAGGUAAGGACUAGAUGGGAGGGAAAGUUGAUGGGGUAAAUGUGAUUAGGUAUCUGUACAAAUUGAUAAUUUAGGCUGGUGGUAUCCCACUUUGUUCAAUUUAAGCCCUCAAUAGUGUUUGCUUAAUGAAAAACAAUGGCAUGGGUAAAAAAGUGAAGUGUGUUGUUGAGGGGAAAUUGCUGUGAAAUUAUUUGUCCUGGAUAUGUUCAUGGGUUUUAUAGCUUAUAGAACUUAGGGGUGGGUGAUUUGUGGUUGAUUGUUUAUAGUGGAAAAAAAAAAGUGUGGAAAGAAAAUAGAUGUUAUUUUAUUUAUUGUAUCUUCAAUCCAAAAGCAUGUAUGAAAUCUUCAUUUUAUGUUAUUUUA